AUGGAUCUACUCCUACGAGAGGAGGCUGGGAGAGCCCAGGACAUUGCGGAAAUUCUCAGCACAAUUCGGAGCAAUGAUCAGGACCACGAGCAGGACAUCACCUUGGCGAUCACGGGGCUGAACGGCUUGAGCUGGGCACUGCGGGAGCUCAACAAUCAGAUCGACGCCGUCAACGGGAAAGUCACCCCUGCUUUCGCAGGCGACUUGAAACUCCUUCAGCAUAGUGUCGCCUUUACCCUUCAAGAUGUAUGGACCAUCCUCGGCAAGUUACCGCGCGCUCCGGUCGCGACAGACUAUCAAGAUUGCUGGAAAGAAGUCGCCCGAUAUUGCAUGAACAUGGGAAAGCAGACCCUCCACACCCGGUUAGAGACGUACAAACUGUUCACCUAUUCACUCUGCAAAAUCCUCUCAAGGGAGUCCUUCAAUCGGCGACGCCUUGAGGAUUUGCGCCUCGAGAUUUAUGACCUACAGACCCUACAACGCGAAGACAGACGAUUAAUCCCAGCCUCAGAGACCUUUACGAGUCUUUCAUUGGUGCCAGUCCAGCAAGUCAUCAGACCACUCCCGUCCCAUGAACGAGUAAGACCAGAGCCGGUGAGACCAGAGCCGGUAAGACCGGAGCCUCUAAGACCAGAGCCUCAGCGACCAAUGUCGCCAGCAACCUCCCAUGACAGUUACGAAACAUUCCAGCACCAAGCGGCUCCCAGUCCGCCACCCCUUUCCCCAGUCUCUCCUGGCCCUGGCUCACCCGUUACCACGUUUUCCACACUAAGUCAUACAUCAAGCGUUGACCCAGAAACCAAUCACUGGGCGACCAAGAUCUUUAACAAUUUACCGAGUACUCCUCUUGACGUUGACCCGAAUCCGUCUUGCUGUUUCGGCGAUGUGGAUGCUAGGUACCGCAGGCGACCGGAUCCGGAGUAUGAAAGGAUUCUUCAAUUAAAAUUCCCCGGCGGACUGAGGACGAAAUACUUCUGGCGUGCUCGCGACUACCGCACCAAAAUUGUCUGCGAAUGGUACGACAAUCGAAAGAACCCUCGACUGUCUUGCUUCCCGCUCAGCGAAUUGCACAUACGCCGGUCGGGCUCAUCGCUGUACCUUUGCUGUCCUACAGUUCGUGGUGCUAGCACCUGUUGGACCAGCCUCAACUUCACUUCAUACGAAUGGCUUGUCAUCUUCCAUUGUACCUUCCUAUCGCUGCGUUCUCACGACAGCACGUCGCGCUUUCGCAACAUCGACCAUGACCUGGAUGGCGAGGUCCUCAAUUUUGCUGGGGCAAUUCGGGACGGUGGUUACCGUCAUGUGCUUCGAUUGUACCGUGACAAGGGUACCGACGCCGUCCGACUUGAAGCAUCUGUCCUCGACAAAGAAAUGAAGGACACGCCCAUCUGGACGGCGUUUAUCACACACAAAAUCACCUCGCCUACCUGGUUUCGUUGGUCUAAGAAUAGCUCCACGGUAUACCUUGCUGAACUUCAACGACAUGUCUUUUCUUCCGAGUAUUCACCCCAUGUCCGCGCAAAUGGCGAGCAUCUUCUUGAUUUCGAAGUCUUCACAGAUGCCGAAGACUUUGUGAAGACGCUCAAAGACUUGCGCGAGGACAUUCGCAGACCGAAGCCGGUCAAGAACGUACGACUCCCUGCGUGA